GAGCACACAAGGCUGUCUCUCCUUUUAAAAGACCAAAGCCAGUACAGCAAGGGCCAGUUGUUGCAACCUGUAAUAUAUGUGGAAAAGAAUACAGACUUAUGUGGUACUACAAGAAACAUAUGCAGGGACAUGUUCUGAAAGAAAUUGCAUUUAGGGCUCCACUCGACAUGGAAACAUUGUUAGAAAGUGCCCAUAACAUUGGGGGAAAAGUGCUUCAUCAAAUGGCAAGCAAACCUUCUGUCGGCUGCUACGCAGAGGCUUACUCCUCCUUACUUGCUCAACUUAAAGAGAAGGAAAGUGAUGCUGCCUGGAUAAAUUUAGUGAAAUUUUUGUGUGGACACUUCAAGCUGGUUAUUUCUAAAGAAUAUUUUUGUAUGCCAUCCUCUCUUCUGAAUACAUCCCAAAAAGUUAUAGAGGAUGUAUUAUCUGAUGAAGAAACAAGAAAUAAAUUAUACUCAGAGCUAGAAGAAAUAUGUCCAAAUACACCUAAUCUUAUUAUAAGUACAUUCUGGUGUGAGUUUGUCCACACAUUUGCUGAUGAACUUCUGAUUUUCAUAUGUAGAUCUUUAAGAGAAGCAACGGACCAGGAUAUACCAACUAUUAAUUUUGAUACAGAGGAAAGACAGUGCAUAUUAUAUGUAGCUGGCUCCAUAUGUAAUGGCUUCAAGAGGUUUAGUUACAAGUACCCUGGUAGCAAAAAGUGGAGAAAUAUUCAGGAGGCCAUCCAGUCAAAAAUUUUAGAAGAUAAACUUCCUGAAGAAUUAACAGAGCAAGAGAAAAAAGACAGAAAUUGGACUGAAGGUCAAAAUCGAGGGGGACUACUGUUUAUUAGAGGAAGUGCACAGAGAUUUUUUUUAUCUGUUGCUGAAGUAGUGGCAUCAUAUGAAGAUAAGAGGACUGGAAGUCUUCCUAUAGAAGAAAUCCAAAAGAAAAUAGCAGGUGGAGCAGCAAAAUAUGAUUGGGACAACAUUGUUGGUUCAUGUCUGGAUCAAGAUUUGUCUUUUUCAUUAAUGACUGGUGUUGUGAAGAGCUUUAUCUCUACUUAUGGAAAAGGAGUGAUUCAAAGAAGAAUGAAUGAUGCAAAUAAUAAUAAAGUCACUGUUUCCAUGCCUACUCGACUUAGGGCUGCUCCUCGAUAG